AUGAACAAGUUAAAGACAGUAUUCCAGCGCUCUUCUCAGAAACAAAGAGUCAUUGAGGACAGAAGACCACAGCAAUUUGUAAAACGACAUUCAUCUGUUGCUGCUCCCACUCCAUCGACACCUAACAGUGGUACCAUUUACGAUAACAAUCCGCCUGCUAUAGGAUUUGAAGAUUUGUCUGAAUUGGAGAAACCAGCAUAUGAAUCAUGGUGGAAAGAUUUAGAUCCUUUUGAUUUGAAAAAGAUCAAUAAUCAAACCGUCCUGAAAUUUCUUGUUGGAUGCAGUUUGCAAGAUAGCAAGCUGGAGCAAAUUUUAGCCUUGUUUGAGACAGCGGGUGAUGGACUAAAUAAAUUGCAAUUUUUUGCCAUGCUGCGUUUAAUUGCUCAUGCCCAAAACGGACGCAAAAUCAGCCGAGCCCUUGUAUAUUUAGGAGCACCAGUUCCACAUUUUCAUCGCAAUGCCAUUGAUGCUUUGAUCCAAUCAGACAUCAUACCUCAAAGACAGCAAUUAUCUGAUGCCAGCAAUAACAGCAUUAAUGAUAAAGAAAAUUUGCAAACAGCUGGAUUAGAGGUGAUACCGAAUACAACAAAACACCAAAGAAAGUCUUGGUGGGGAAAUGAAAAGCAACAACAGACUGAACAUCGUCGUUCGUACAUGGGGCCAUUUACUGCGCAUACACCGAUACCAAACACUACUUAUACAACUGCUACCACCACUGCUACAUCUACCUCUGAAUCUGAUUCCUCAAUGCAAGAUUACUUUUAUCCAAUUCCCUCUAUUCCUAAUCACACUAUUAAUACCACCUCUAUCUCUAAUACACCUAAUUAUCAAUGGCCUCAAGUCUUGCCUCAGCCGCCGUUAACCACUGAAACCAGUGCAACCACUCCUCAUGCUAAUAAUAUGAUACGACCUAUUUUCACUAGUGCAAUGACGACAACUGCAACAAUAACACCUGUAACACCAAAUAUCAUUCAAUUGGAAGAAAAGCAGCAGUAUACACAUAGCAGAUCCAGGUCUGCAGGCAAUCCAAGCGAUUUUAUACAUCAUAAUCCAUACGAAUUACAAGCGACAGCACCCAUCAUGAUACCGGAAGAUCAACUGCAUUCAUCUCGAUCUUCACUCUCAUUGCAUGAAUUAAAUACAGGGCAAUCUCUCUUGUUGACACAAAAGUUUGUCUAUCAGUCACCUUCUGUUCGAAAUCAAGAAUUGUCUACUGCGAAUCCUUUCAAUCAAGCAGAAGAGCCGCCUUUAAAGAGUCCUUUUGGCGAUGAAAAUCAUAGUGAUGAAGAUGACCAUCUGGCAAUAGAUCAGUCGCCAUCGAUACACCUAAAUUAUAAACCAAAUCAAUUUAGCAUACCUCCACCACCUGUACCUACUCAAUCCACCAAACCCGCAUUUCCAAAAUACACAAGGACCAAUACCUUUCUUGUCAAACGUAGUCUCAGUACUGCGGUUGCUGUCGAUCGUCAUAAGGAAGAGCAUCUACAUUUCACAAAGCAUCAAAGACACAAAUCAACCAGUGCCACACAUGACAUUUUCUAUUAA